GGUAGUUUCGGUGAAGACACGUUACGUAUACACUUGACAUAUGCUGAACUAAAUCGUAGGAUUCCUUUCUCCCAAAUUGCUGGAUCCCUGGUUGCUUUUAUGAUACCUCUCAAUUAGGUGUAAUUUUAGUAAAUUGAGCAAUUGAAAGGCUGCUUAUUCGAUCGAAUACGUUCGCUUACUCGUUCAUGGAAUUGUGGAAGGCGAGACUAGUCACAUCAUUCUAUGUGUUACUAUUACUCAUGAUUAUUGGAGGUUCCUCGGCAUCCCAGCAGGUCAAUGUUACACAUUAUUCAUCAGCAGCUGAAUGCUAUAAAGUCAUAAAUAGCUCAUUGGAAUAUUUAUACUCUCCUGACUAUCCAAAUGCUGCGCCAUUCAGCAGUAAAUGCACUUGGGAACUGCAUGCAACUCCUGGAAAAUAUGUUGCAAUUCAGACUAUCGAUAUGAACGUUGGUGGUACAGAUUGGGACUGUACAUUGGGAUAUCUAGAGAUAUUUGAUGGCUGUGGAGACAACAAAUUCUUGGUUGACAAGAUUUGUUUUUCGCGAUAUCAAAAUGGUCAGCGUUACCUGUGGGUGUCAACUGGAACUUGUGUAACAGUACAGUUUAAUUCUGCUGCUGGAAAAAAGAAUAAGUUCAACCUUGUCGCAAGGCACACUUCAUCAUCUUGUAAUGCUGUCUUCCAUGGGAGUCCAAAUGGUACUUUUUCCAGAUCAGUCUCCUUGCCGUCAGAGAAGAAAGAGUGCACUUGGGUAGUAGCAGUUCCCAGAAAUAAAGUGGAACUCAAAUUUCCAAAAGAUUUUCACAUCACAGGAAAUAGCCUUGCUUGUAAAGAUAAUCUUUUAACUGUUCAAGAUGGGAAAUUUAGCUCAUCCAAGGUAAUUGGUACAUUUUGCGGCCAUACUCGUCCGUAUCCUGUUUACUCAACACUGAAUAGUAUGAGAAUAACAUUUAAGAGUAACGGUAACCUUGGUGAUGCCAAUACCUUUACUGCUCAAUAUACAAUGAUCCAGAAGGAACCAGCAAUCAGAACAAAUUACUGUAAUUCAGAGAUUAUGAUGAGUGAUCAUCACGGGAAAUUUUUUAGUCCGUUAUAUCCAUUCCAAUACCCUGCAUUUCUCAAAUGUGUAUGGCUUAUACAAGUUAAACAAGACCUCAAGAUUUUAUUGAGAUUCAAGGAUUUUGACGUUGAAGGUGAUACUGAAAAGUGUCAAGACUAUGUAGAGAUAUAUGAUGGUUUGGCUAGCUGGUCACCAAUCAAAGGUCGAUACUGUGGAGGCCACAUACCACCUGUGUUCAAGUCGGAAACCAACAAACUUCGUGUUAUAUUUACCACCGAUUCUAGAAAGUAUGCCGGCAGAGGAUUCGAAGCUGUGUAUUCUGAGUACAACCAACAAAAAGAUCAGCCUUCAAGUAGCCGUAGUCAUUUUACUGGAAUUAUGAUUGGUACAACAUGCGGGAUAAUCUUCAUUGUACUGAGCGUUCUGGCUGUGUUCCAUGCGCGAAAACGAAGACUGCGUCGAGCACUAGAACAGCAAGUUGUGAUGGGAAGUACCAUCUCAUUUGACGUCAACCUCGACCCACCUCCAACUUAUGUAGCAGUCAUGAACUCCCCCAAUUUGUUCCCGCAAACUAAAGUCGAGCAUAACCGAGCGAGUACCUGCGAAAGUCUUCCGAAAGUGAACGACGAAGAGCUCGGUCUGCUCGAGUCGAACCAAGACUCCGAUGAAGACGGACCUCCACCCCCUUAUGAACAAGUGCGAUUUGUUCAUGGAUAUCGGCCAAUACAUGGUCAGUUUACAGUUGAAUACCACAGGAACACAGCACCGGGUGACCAAGCUGGAAGCAGUUCUCCUACGGAAAAAUCCGAAAGUGAAAGGAGGGCUGGACGAGUAUGGCAGCGGAUGAGAGAUCUGGACCAAUCACAUAGCAGUAUAAGCAGAUCGGAACCAUCAGGGCUACCAAAGGAUGAAGCGUCGAGACCCAUGCUGGAACGGCAAGAUACAUGCAGUAGUUUUGUGACAGAUGUUUGAAUUUACUUUGGGAUGCACUAAAUGAUCCGUGCUUCUAGUCUUCUCCGAACCGUUCAUUUUAGCGUGCGAUUCACUAAAUCAUCCCGCAUUGCUCGAACGUUUGCUGGGAAAUAAUACUGAUAUUUUGAAUAAAUAAGAAAUACAAAAGGUUAGAUAUGUGGACCUUUUGGCCGCCAUGUCGGAUAGUAGAAACACUGGAACAUUUCCUUAUGUGAAAGAUAGAAUUCYUCUGUUUUUAUAAUUCAACAUGGCCGCYUUAGUGUAAUGUUUCAGGUGCAUCACGGGAUACGAUGCAAAUAGUCCCUUGGUCCACCCUCAUACAACGUGUAGAUUUUUAUACUGAUUUUUUUCAGGAUUCAAAKUUUUAUGUAUAUUUAGGGAUAUGAAUUGUAUAGUAAGUAGUAAUAUUGUACAUAGUCUGUAUACUAUUGUUGUAUAAACUCACUAGACAUGGCUUUUAAGUCGAUUAUUGGAAUUCAAAKGACUUGGCCCUAUCAAGAAUUAUCGAUUUUUUUAUAUAUUGGAGAUAUUUUUUGAUAUCAAGCUGAAAAAGCUUAAGUAAUUAAUGCAAAUGUUUCGAUAUGUCUUACUUUGUGUAGGGCGUAGAUAUUAUGAAAAUUUCAAUAUGAUGUAAUUUAUAUAUUGUGGAAAAGAUAACGUCUGCAUUCCAGUGAGCUCUCGUAUUGCGGACGCCCAAAUAUUCCAAAUACCCAUUUAUUAUUACGGACACUAACCUUGCCAAGGAAAGCUUAGAAUAACUCCCUUUAAAGCGGACGUUCUUAAUUGUUCGUUUUAACGAGAGUUGACUGCAUUAGAAUAAAUUAUGGCUAAAUUAUGACUGUUAGUGAAUAUAUUAAUAAUGCGAGAAGGUGCCUCUUUUAAUAAGAACAUUUAUUGAACUCAGCUUUAAAUUUGAAUUUAAAAAUGCAUAAAAUUUUAAUUUGAAAUGGUGACCAUUCAAAAUAAACUACAUAUUAUAAGGUUC